GCUGGGGCUGGCCCAGGGGAAACCACGAUGCGGUGAUCCCGGAGUUUGGCCCCCACGUUUCCUUAGCGACGGCCUCCGGAGCUGAUGGCCACCUAGCGAUUUCUCAGUCUGUGGCGGGCCUGGCCACUAAGUUCCUAACUUAUAAGGCUUUGCAGCUCGGUUGACCCGAUGUUUCAUGCAACUGUCACAAAAGAGCUAAUCAGUCAUAAAGAAUGGAGUCACUAUAAUGAAAACAUAAUAGAAGAUCAGAAAGAUUUUGUUUUUGUGAAGUACACUGGUCUUCAUUUAAAAUCUAUGGAAAAUUUGCAAUCUUGUAUCUCUCUUAAAAUAUGCAUCUUCUCAAACAAUUUUAUUACCAAUAUUAGUCCAAUUGCAAGUUGUAUAAAAUUAGUCAAACUUGAUCUCCAUGGGAAUCAGAUAAAGAGUCUACCAGAUGUCAGAUUUUGGAGUAGAUUAAAAAGCCUAAAGCUUCUCUAUCUUCAUGACAAUGGGUUUGCAAAGUUAAAGAAUGUAUGCAUGUUAUCUGCGUGUCCAAGCCUCAUUGCCCUCACUUUGUUUGAUUGUCCAGUAAGCCUUAAAAAAGGAUAUAGACAUGUUCUUGUCAACACUAUAUUGCCUCUCAAAGCAUUGGAUCAUCAUGUUAUUUCUGAUGAAGAAAUAGUUCAGAACUUUCAUCUUCCUGAAAGAUUCAAAACAUAUAACCAUCGGCUUUUCUUUAAUUUCUGCACUCCUUUGAAAAAGGGAUCAACCUAUGAGGAUGAAAUUAAUAACAUCAACUUUGUUAUUUCAAAAAUAAAUGAAAUCAUGGCUCAUAAUUCACCAAUUUUGAUUAUUCAAAGAUGGAUGCGUGGUUUCCUAGUUAGAAAAAUGUUGAGCCACUAUUUUUCGUAUAAAAAACCUCAAGAAAAAUUUAUUAGUGAAUGUAAAACAAAAUGGGCUUACAAACACAAAACAUAUGAAGAUAUGAUUUUUAAGGAUCUCAUUAUUAAGCCUGAAACAAAUAUAACAGGAAAGCUUGCACGAAAGAAACAUAAUAUACUUUCUCCUGUUGAUUUAAUAAGUUCUAAUAAAAAGAAAAAACAUGUUUCCUCUCUUUUAUCUGAAUUAAAGACAAAAGAUAUUGGCAAAAAAUCAAGACAUCUCAUUCAAAAAGGUCAGGAGUCUGAAGAUGAAAUUGAGGAUGAAGAAUUGAAUACCAGUUUUAGGAUAUCAGUAUUCAAAUUACCCAUACAUUCUUCAGAUUCAUUGAAGGAUGUAGUAUUGAAAAAGAAAGAACAAGCUUCUUUUCCUACAUAUACUCAGCCACUUUCUACUACUCAUCAAAAACCAGUAAUUACCAAACCACACGUGCUGUUGGAGAAGGAAGCAAGAAGAGAGUUUUUUAUGAUACACAGAACCGGUAUAAAGCUCAAAACACUUUAUGAUAUUGAUGAAUAUCACUUAGAACAAAAGAAGCAGGAAAGCCACAAGAAAAAUGGAAUAGCUAUAACCAUGGCAAAAACUGCCCAAGAAAAAGUCAACUUAAGUGUUCAAGAAAUGUUACAGAAGAAAAAACGGGCUGUACAAAAACAAAUGGCAGAAGAUAACAGGGCAAUUCGGGAUGGUUUGUACCAACUUUGGCAGGUCAGAUCCAACUACCUUGAAAAAGUUAGAGAGAGGAGAGCUUUGUUUCUAGAAGAAAAAAACCAAAAAGCUAGAGACCGUUUAUUAAUUCAAAACUUAAAUAAUGAGCUCAUUAUUUGGGACAGAAGUGUAAAUAAAAUGAGGACAUUGAAGAAGAACAAUGAUCUCUUAAAAGAGAAACAUCUGAUAGUUCAGGAAAAACGAGAAAGAGAAAAACUUCAAAAGGAUUUACGUAAAUACAUGAAGGAACUUAGGGCUAGAGAAAGCAGUAAAAGACACUCUGAAGAAAAAUUUGUUUAUGAUAUGAUUGCCUUUCAGAAAGCUUGUGAAAGAUUACAAGAGGCUAAAGAAAACAUUGAAAGUGUGAAAACAAAGGUGGCUGUUAAAACUCCCAGAAAAUGACAGAAUGAACCAAUACCAGAGCAUAUCCAAUGGUCUUUUUGAAAUAUAGCCAUUAUUUUCAAUUAAAGGACUUUAAAAUAAUAUUAUGAAAGAAGAAAUACAAGAUGGAUUUGUAUAUAAAUCUUCUUAAAAAUAUAAAGAGCAAUUAACAUGUUUCUCUUACUAAUCAUAAUUUAACUUAAAUCAAGUUGACUUGGCACCUCAAAUGUUCCAUAUAUAUCCAGAUGUCCAAGGAACAAUUAAAACUGAUUUCCUUUAUAGCAGGAAAUAUUGCAAAAGGUGUUGCUUAUAUUGUUUCAUAUACUAGUAUAACAAAGCUAUUUUCAGUUUUUCUGGCACUCUUGUCCUAGUUAUUUCAGUCGUAACUGCUGGCUUUUAAUAAGACACUGUGUACCUUGAUUAAUUUC